AUGGUUGUAAUCUUGGUAUAUGUGGAUGAUUUUUCCAUCACUGGUGACAACAUUACUAUGAUCAAUAAAGCAAAAGCAACCUUGCAUCAGGAGUUUAAGCUCAAAGAUUUGGGAAAGCUCAAAUAUUUCUUGGGAAUAGAAGUGUUAAAAUUUGCAGCUGGGGUCAUAUUGAAUCAGAUGAAGUAUAUUUUAGAGCUCAUUUCAGAGAUUGGAUUAGCUGGGGCUAAACCUGCACCUACCCCAUUAGAAGUUAAUGCCAUGUUAACCUCAGUUGAGUUUGAUAAAGCAACAAGUACCACAGGGGAUGUUGUUCUCAGGGACAUUAUUUCUUAUCAAAUAUUGGUUGGGAAGUUGAUGUAUGCAACUAUAACUAGACUUGAUAUUAGCUAUGGUGUGCAGAUCUUAAGUCAAUUUACACAACAGCCUAAAAGGUCUCAUUUGGAAGCUGCUAAUAGGGUAAUCAGAUACUUAAAAGGAAUAGUAGGCUGGGGUGUUUGGCUUAAGGCUCAGCCUACUGCAGAUCUUAUGUGA